AUGACGACGUCGAUGAUGAUUAGUACUAGUAGUCGGUAUCAGUUCAGAUUAUCACUGGAAGCUGUGUUUCUUGCGAAAGCGAUUAUUGUUUAUAAUUUGGACAACUCUAAUCAAACAGCACUUUUGCAGAUACAGCAGGGUGUCUCCAUACAUUUUUACCGGAUUAGGUCACGUGUGCGUCUCCAUUUUCACCUCCACCUCUCUCUCUCUCGAGCUCUCGAGCUCGUCUCCAAUGGCUUCUUCUCUAUCCCCUCCUCUUCCCCUUUCUCCUCCGCGCCCGCGCUUUGCCUCAUUAACGAUCUCCACGAAGCGGCGCCUCCUCCUCCCCGACUCUUCGUCCCCAACGCGAUUGCAGGUGGAACAACACUUACUUGGUCUCAGAAAGAAAAGAUCAAUCUUGCUAACGAUAGCCGUGAAGGACUCUGGGAAGAGUGUGACUGGCAAAAUUUGGAUGCUGAUUUACACUACUGGACUAGGCCCCUGCGCCCUGUGCAGUGGUAUCCUGGCCAUAUUGCAAAAACAGAAAAAGAACUAAAAGAACAAUUGAAGCUAAUGGAUGUUGUCAUCGAGGUUCGGGAUGCCAGAAUCCCCUUGGCGACGAGCCAUCCUCAGAUGGAUUCGUGGCUAGGCAAUCGGAAAAAGAUUCUAGUUUUGAAUAGAGAAGACAUGGUAUCUAGCGCUGAUAGAAAUGCAUGGGCUGCAUUCUUUGCAAAGCAGGGGAUUAAAGUUGUCUUUGCUAAUGGGCAGCUUGGAAUGGGUACAAUGAAACUUGGAAGGCUUGCAAAAUCACUAGCAACUGUUGUGAAUACUAAACGGAGAGCUAAGGGACUCCUCCCUCGUCCAGUCCGAGCUGGAAUUGUUGGAUAUCCGAAUGUGGGCAAAUCUUCCCUAAUUAAUCGCUUAUUAAAGCGCCGAAUGUGUCCAGCAGCUUCUAGACCUGGUGUCACAAGAGAACUUAAGUGGGUCCGUUUUGGGAAGGAUCUAGAAUUGCUGGACUCUCCUGGAAUGUUGCCAAUGCGAAUCAGCGACCAGACAGCUGCGAUCAAGCUUGCGAUAUGUGACGAUAUCGGAGAGAGAUCAUAUGAUGUUGCUGAUGUGACGGCCAUUCUUGUGCAGAUGUUGGCAAGGAUUCCUACUGUAGGUUCAGAAGCUCUUUGCAGCCGCUACAGAAUUGAUGUAGAUGGUCGCUGCGGUAAAACAUUUAUUGAGAAGCUUUCUCUUCAACUAUUCAAUGGAGAUGUUAGCCAAGCAGCUUUUCGCGUAUUGACGGACUUCAGGAAAGGGAAAUUCGGUUGCGUUGCUCUUGAGAGGCCUCCUAGGUGAAAGGCGCAAAUGGUAGUCGGUUUACACUUCACUUAUAGCACCAGGCGAAAAUUCAUGCACAUCGAAUGAAAGAUUAGAUAUAUUUAUAUAAAUCAUAUUGUAUGAUUGUUUAAAAGUGUGACAAAUGUGUAAAUGAUGGCGAAAAGCUUGCCUUACUGUAGAAGCUCUUUUUUUUUCUUUUUUUUUUCCUGUAAAGGAACUUAUCCGCAAAAAGAAGAAAAUGGUUUUUAUUCUUCGGUGUUGAUCACA